GUCUCGGGAAGGGCAAAGUUUGAGUCCCCUGGGGCAUGUGGCUGCAGAGCCACAGGAAUCUAACAUGUUCUCUAUAUCCUUCCAGAGCUGAAUCAGACAGACGAGGAUCUUCCAUCCCAUGAUGACACCCUUCAGCAGAAUCACUAGCAAUCCCAAUUCUACAGUAUCAGCCCCAUACUGGCAGGAUAACUCCACAGAACCUGGAUCACCACAGUCUCAUGCCUACUACGCCCUCUGGUACUGCAUCUUGAUCUUGGCCAUCGUUUUUGGGAAUGUCCUAGUCUGCCUGGCAGUGUUGAGGGAACGUAGCCUGCAAACUACCACCAACUACCUUGUGGUGAGCCUGGCAGUGGCAGACCUGCUUGUGGCCACUUUGGUGAUGCCAUGGGUAGUAUACCUAGAGGUGAUGGGAGGAGUCUGGAAUUUCAGCCGUGUUUGCUGUGACAUAUUUGUUACUAUGGACGUGAUGAUGUGCACGGCCAGCAUUUUAAAUCUCUGUGCUAUCAGCAUUGACAGAUACACUGCAGUGGUUAUGCCUGUUCAUUAUCAGUACAGCACAGGGCCCAGCUCUUGCCGAAGAGUGUCCAUUAUGAUAGCAGUGGUCUGGUUGUUGGCAUUUGCCGUUUCCUGCCCUCUUCUCUUUGGCUUCAACACCACAGGUGAUCCAAAUAUUUGUUCCAUAUCCAAUCCCAACUUUGUUAUCUACUCCUCUGUGGUGUCAUUUUAUCUUCCGUUUUUGGUGACCCUGCUGCUCUACAUCCGGAUUUAUAUGGUGCUGAGGCAGAGGCAAAGGAAGCGAAUCCUCUCCAGACAAAGCAGCCACAGCAGUAAAACCUGCUACAAACAACAGCAACAUACAGAAAGGAAAGCUUUGCACCAGAAGCUUCCCAGCGCACUCUUGUGUUGUUUGCAGCUAAAGAGUUCAGGCCAAAGGCUGCCUGCUGAAAAGAAGCCCCUGACGCCCACAGAACUGCAGCAAUAUUGCAGUUUCUGCCACGAAGUUUCCAUCUCCAGUACAGGGGAUAGAGAGGUUGUUGAUCUAAAGGUGAGAACAAAAGUCAAGGAACAAAGUUUAGAAGUACGCAAACUCAACAAUGGCAAAACAGCAACCUCUUUGAAGCUUCCAUCUCAGCAGCAUCGGACAAUACAGCUCAGAGAGAGGAAAGCCACACAAAUGCUAGCUAUUGUUCUUGGGACUUUCAUAGUCUGCUGGCUGCCAUUCUUUUUGACACACAUACUGAAUACUCAUUGCAAAGCUUGCCACAUCUCCCCAGAGUUGUACAGUGCUACCACAUGGCUUGGGUAUGUCAACAGUGCCCUCAACCCUGUCAUCUACACCACCUUCAACAAUGAGUUCCGUAAAGCUUUCCUCAAGAUCCUGAAUUGUUGAAAACUCGGAGAGCAACACAGCAUUACAUACUAUGUGGGUGCUGCAGAUAAACACACCUGAGUGGAUUUUCUCAACCAACAGUGAGGAAAAAACAACAUGGGACCCACUUUUGCAUCGGUUUUUCUUUAGCAGCUACUAUGAGAAAUACUUUUCACAAUAGCAGAAUCCAUCUGUU